AUGGUCAACAAGGACAGUGGUGUAAACAUUGCAAAAGAAGGUGGAGAUGGUAUGGGUUCCGUGAAUGGUGGCAAUGAGACAACGUCAAACGAUGAUGAUGAUCUAAGUGGAGAUGACAACGAUGAUACCGGUG